AUGUUCACCAAGGACGGGAAUUUCAGCGAUCCAGGCACACCGACAACUCCAGGAGCACCAGGAACACCAAGGACACCAGACACACCAAACAGGCGCGGCACUCCAACCCGGACCGAUCGUAACGGCCGUGACCGUACCGAGCGCAACACCGCACGAAACGGGGCAACAAGAAGACCGGGGACGCCUUCCGCUUCCAUGUCGGGGUUCUUCAAGAUGGAAGGCACGAGCGCCGCCGAUGUGGGCCCCGCAGGACCGGUACCCGCCGCCAGAGAUGCGGUCCGAACAGAAGGAACGGCCGAUACGGUGCGGCGCGCUUCCUCGGCAAGAACCGCACAGCGACCCAGAGAACCUUCUCAAUUGGGCGCCCACAUUUCACGGCCUCCCUCUCGCAUGCCCUCGAUUCCAGGGCCACCUCGACAGCCCAACCAACCCGUGACGCCCUCUCUGCUCAAUCCGACUGUGUACACGCCUCCCACCAGAGAGCAACGAGCUGCCGCAGCCGCGUCGCGAGGUGAUCGCAACAAUUCAACCUCUUCUGCUCCCGGCGGCAGUCACCAGCUUACCUCCUCCGUCAGCUUCCCUGCGCAGGGACACCCAUCCCGUCCAAUGCACCGAAGCAGACCCUCGGCGCCCGAAAAUGGCCAACGCACGAAUGCCUGGGAGGACUCAACGGUUGCGUCCAUAUUUGGCGACCAUGAAAGCAGGGAUGGAAGAUCAGAAAGUGCCCACGAGCGCCAGAUAAACGGAGCUCAACACCCCCAGCUCGUGCGGGGCCGUCACUACAGCGACACUGCAUUUCCUCGCUCAAACACCCAGGCACAACAUCCAGCCGUCGCCCAACAACCCAAGUCUGCACGACCAACACUCGACCACGAUGAGAACCUACCAUUUGUUAUCGGCGAAGGUGGUAUCCUCACCGUGGUUGAGGCCCCGCGAAGCCGCAACGAUCCCGAUGCUGUCGCCCUAAACAAGACCAUCGAAGCUAUCACCAAGGAGCGGGAGCCAACCAUCAAGAUCGAGGACGAAUAUGAGGGUGAUCGCGCAGCUUUCAACUCGACACCCACCAAACAACUUGGGGCCUUCCAGCGCGCACGACUUCCCCACCGCGACCCGAGGAAAGCAGGAUCAGUAAGAGGUGGCCAGGGCGGAUACACAUCAGACAUGCAAUCCCCAGGGAGGUCCUCGGAUGCCGGCGGGGAUCUGGAGAAGAGCCGAAUCGAACAACGUCUACGCCGUGAGCGUGAACACGAGCGUCUGCGCGAACAGGAAAGGGAGAAGGAACGGAUCCGCAAGGAGGCCGAACGACGCGAACGCGAACGCCAGCGCAAGCAUGAGAUCCAACAUCAGCGCAGCACCGUGUUUGACGACCUCACCCCCGUCGAGUCCGAAGCACCACCGCUUCCCACACCCAACUUCAAUAACACGCAAGCUGCUGUUGUCCCUAGCAGCAGCAGCGGCUUCGAUAUCGACGCCUCCUCGCCUGGCAAAGUCACACCUAAAGCGUCCGGCUCGCGCCAUCUUCGCCCGUCGCAGAUACCGAGCCAGCAGCCACUCCCUCCCCAACUCAAAGAUGCCUCGAUUGCUCUGGCGCGAACCACCAGCCGCCGGGCAAAGGAGAAGGAAGUUCAAAAACCACAGCAACCACCAAAGCCCGCCGUCGCCUCUCCAUUGCCCAUCCUAGAACAGGCCAAAAAGCGCCGCCUUUCCACUCUCGACUAUGACGAUGCCCAACUCUACCAAAUGCCCUAUACCACCCUCCUCACUCAGUCCUUUGACGAAGACCCGCAAGAAGAGGCCCUUAAGCAACAAGCUCAAGCCACUACCAAACUCCAACAAGACGACCGUCCUCCAGCAGACGCAACCCUCGAAGACAAACUCCAACACUACAAGACCAAACCUCCGGCUCAACAAGCCGAGUUCUUUACGCACAUGAAGAUUGACGAGUGGGACGACGCGGGCGAUUGGUUCCUGGACCAGUUUACCUCUGUGGCGAAGAGGAUUAAGGACGCGAGGAGGGCGAAGAGGAAGAUGGUGGAGGAGUUUGAGGUGGAGAUCGCUGAGAGACAGGGAUCGGUUAAGAGCAAGAUUGAGAAGAUUGGACGGACACUGGAGAAUUUGAAAGAGGAGGGAAAGACGAUGAUGCAGGGGAAGGAGAUGGAUUUGGAGGAUUAG